AUGUACCGCACAGCCCUGAGGUCAGCGCCCAGCGCGUUGCGCGCAGCAAGGCCGACGCUUUCUUCCGGCUCCCGGCGCUUCGCAUCGACUACCGCCCAGACCAGCAAGAAAGGAACAUGGAAGGGCACCGGGUUCCGAUGGGGUCUCGCCGUCGCUGCAGUCUACUUCUACAACACCAGCCCCAUCUUCGCUGAUGAGCUGCCUCCCCAAGUCGGCCCUGCGCCCGCCCACUUCUCCGAUGCCGACCUUCCCACCAUCGAGGCCAUGAUUGAGGAAAAGCGUCGCCAAGGUAGCCGCCGGCCGCCCCGCCAUCACCCCCACCCAAAGCCGACGCAGCCGGUAGAAGCGAAAGCUAGACGAAGCGAAGUCGGAGACGACCCAGGAAAAGAAGGCCCCAGUAACGGAGAAAAAGGCGGGAUGCGGCGGAAGUACCGGGUCCGGCGGAGGCUCCGGAACCCGGCUCGCCCGAGGCGUUGGAGCAAGAGGCUGCGCAACAGGGCGCCUUCGACCCGGAGACAGGGGGAGAUUAACUGGGGCUGCCCGUGCUUAGGUGGCAUGGCUGAUGGCCCUUGUGGCGAGGAGUUCAAGGCGGCCUUUAGCUGCUUCGUCUACUCCAAGGACGAGCCCAAGGGGAUGGACUGCGUUGACAAGUUCCCAGACUGCUUCCGGAAGUACCCCGAGAUCUACGGCUCCGAACUGACCGAAGACGACGAGGAGGAGAAUGCCCAGGCUCAGGAGGUCGCCAAGGAGAUCAAAACAAACGAGGAGACAGCAACUCCGCCUCAGAAGGCAGCAGAUGUCUCCCCGAAGGAAGCCGCAGAUGCGACCGAUGCGAACAAGGGGAAGAAGCAAUAA